AUUUGAAAGAAGGGGCAUAUUCAAACGGUGUGCGUUACGUAUAAUUGUCUACAAAUUUCUCCCAAAUACACGACGUAAGGAGGAAAAAUCCACAUUUCCCCUCAAUAACAGACUUAAAGGCAAAAAGUCGACAUUUCUCGUUCAUUUACGCUUUCGUCCGCUUUUAUUUCCCCCUUGUUCCCAUUUAAAGGGGAACCAAUAAUUAUUGGUUGCUUGCAAGCCAAUUGGGUUGUUUUUGAUUUAUUGUUGUCAUCAUCGAUAUGAUAAAAAAAGUCAUUAAAAUACGAUGCAAAUCUGACUUACUGCGAAUUAUCAACGACACACCGAGCAUUUCAUACCUAGUUUUGCUAUUGUCCACAUAGGUGUGAAUUUCGCCUCUCGAAUUAACUGUAUGGAGCGUGUCGUCACGUAAUUCACUAAUUUCUUUGGAACUUCACAAAUUUUUUGAUAUAAUAUAGUCAUCUAGGACAUUGAAAGGCCAAAAAUUAUCGUUUCUGGUCCUUCAGUGUCAGUGAACUGACAAUCUGAUCCCUAAGUUGCACGAAGCUUCUAGGAUAUGUAGACGUUUCUAUCGAUAUUGGUGAUUUUAAAUAUCUCUGCUACUCAAUGUCAUUGUCUCGUUUCCUUCUGUGAUUAUAUUUAUAAAAAACAGGAUUUCACUAACUUUUAGAUAACUCCACUGAUAGGCGUACGGUAUUUGCAUAAUUAUUUGAUUUAUUUCAGUUCCUAAGUAAACAAAAACCACACAUCGAAUAUUAACUACUAAUUUGUUGACCUCAAAACUUGUUGGCAGUUGGCUGUAACGUUCAAAAAUUUUUCUGUGGAGGAAAACUCGUCUGUAAAUUUAAAAGUAGUUAAUUUGACGGAUGUGCAUUAGGGUUGUAUCUUUGCCACAUCUAAAUCCACACUUACAGAUGUAGUCCGAUUUAUAACGCUAAGGUUUCUGAGAAACGGUUUACAAAUAUUUAGCACACAACUAACUUCCUUUUUUUUCUGUUUCCUGAAUGAUGUGUCGUGGUCUGGAUCAGCAGUUUCGCCCCAUUAGGCGAGAAAUAACACAUAAAAGUCGUUAGCUCAGUGUAUUUAUCUACAAGAAAAGAUAUUGUGUAACUUUAAUCUACAAUACAUUUGUUCUAAGUGAACGAGCAUUGAAUUCAAAUCUUGUCCAGCAACACAAAGUGCCCUCCAGCCAAAUUUGUAUUACGCAAAUAUAUCACAUAAUUCUGAUAAACUACGUCUUCUCAUUGCAUUAUCGAAAUAUGUUAGUGUUGUAAAUAACACCAAACCUCUAUGAUGUAAAUCGGAUGCACGGUUAGUUUUGUGCCCUUAUAUAUCUAGUAAUCCUGAAAGGUAAGGUCAUUAGGUUAUUUUGUUCGUCUUUGCUGAUUUAAAAAUGCCCAAGUCUAUCAUCAGUAUGAUUUUAAUGUGUAUUUUCAGUUCUCGGACAUGAAAACUAAAAGAAAACAUCCAUCAAGCUCAAAGUAUGAGAGAGGUAUGGCUGAGACACAAGUUUGUGGAAGUAAUUUAAGUAACGAAGCACACAGAGAAAUUCUAACAGCUAUGUGGGACUUUGAACAGUGCGAUCCGAAGCGCUGCUCAGGCCGCAAAUUAGUUCGUUUAGGAAUUACAAAGUUGUUACGGCUGAACGAAAGCUUUGGAGGCAUUGUUCUUACACCUACUGCGACUUGUGUCUUAUCUCCUGACACUGAUCGCCAGUUGAUGUAUAGUGGUGGGAUUGCUGUAGUGGAUUGCUCUUGGGCUCAAUUGGAGCAGACUGGAUUCAAAAAGUUGAAAUUUCAUCAUGGACGUCUACUUCCACUUUUGAUUGCAUCUAAUCCAGUAAAAUACGGCAAACCGUUUCAAUUAUCAUGUGUUGAGGCUCUGGCUGCAAGUCUUUAUAUUCUUGGUGAACACAAUCAAGCAACUGAACUGUUAAAUAAGUUUUCUUGGGGUCAUCAAUUUUUAACGUUAAAUGACCAAUGGUUACAAUCUUACGCGAAAUGUUCUACUAGUAAAGAAAUUCUCUGUUUUCAAGAACGUUUUCUGGAUGAAAUAACGCGUGUAGAUAGCUCAAAUACUGAAUCAUAUGCUGAUAUUUACGCUGAACUAGAUAAACAGAUUUCAGCUGGUUCUUCAAGUUCUGAGUAUUGUAGUUCGUCAGAGGAUUUCACGGAGCAAGCAACAAAAACCCAUUCACCAACUGAUGAUAAUUCUGACCAACAUGAUCCCCCUAUGAUUGAAGGUGAAAAAAUAAACAAGGCCAUCGCUAAACAAAUCGAUACAUUGGCUAGUUCAUUUGAACGAACCAAACUUUUCAAAGAAUGUGGCAAAAAUUGGGAUCGCUUCUACAAGCGUAAUGGUGUUCGAUUUUUCAAGGAUCGCCAUUGGACAACACGCGAGUUUACAGAAUUAUCAUCCUUACAUAACAGAAUUCCAAGAUCUCUUCUUGAAGUCGGUUGCGGUGUUGGAAACUUUCUAGUCCCUUUAAUUGAAAGCAUGCUUUCCAUUUCAAAAGCAGGUAUAAAUAUAUCAGAAGAAUCUUGUCGUGUUUCAAAAACAAACGGAAUUUCAAGGAUAUAUGCUUGCGAUAUUUCACAACGUGCUGUGGACAUAUUGAAUGAGCGUCUCAAGGAACUUCCAGCUAAAUGUAAUGCAUUUGUUUGUGAUGUAACCAAACCCUAUUCUUUAAAAGCUGCUUUGUCCUGUUUGAAUUCAGUUAGUGAACAAGAAUUCAACAAUACUGAACAUGGUGUUGAUCUAGUAACAUUAAUUUUUGUGCUAUCUGCACUAAACCCACAAGAAAUGCUCACAUGUCUUUGUAAUGUUGCAAGCAUCCUUUCACCCGGCGGGCGACUUUUGUUUCGUGAUUACGGUCAAUAUGAUCAUGCUCAAUUGAGAUUUGGUAGGGGCUCUCGUUUAUUUGCUGAUCGACCAUCCUAUGUUAGACAAGAUGGAACACUGUCUUACUUUUUUACAAAAGACGAACUAUCUGAUUUAUUCUCAAAUGCUGGUUUGUUUGUGCAUCGCCUUCAUUAUGUUCACAAAGAAACGAGAAACGCAGCUAAAGACUUGUGUGUGCAGCGUGUUUUUCUACAGGCUGUUUGUGAGAGGCCUGCUUCAUAGUGAAUUCGUGUGGAGAUAAUGGUACUUAUGUGUAUUACUUAUUUUAUCAGAAAUUAAUAUCAUUUUGUAUAUACAUCCUUUUGUAAAUAAAUAAAAAUGAUUUCUAUUCUGG